CAGAAGAAAAAGCUAACCGAUAAACAGGCUGAAUCCGCAAACUGCGUUGAUGACUGGCAAACUGAGAAUUUGUGACGGGUAAUAUAUUAUAGUGUUAACUUUUCGACUGACUGUUUGUAGUUUUAUAUGACAUAGCUAAACACGAUUAGCUACUUUUGGAGGCGAGAAGAAAGGCAUACAAUGCCGUGGGAGCGCUUUUUCUCAUCUUCGCCUCUCCUUGCUCGUCUUCCUCAUUUACCGACUGCGUGAGGACGGACUCAAACAAGAAACUGCUGUAUCGACAACUGUCAAUAACUGUAGCUAGCAAGCUAGCUAGCUGUAACCUGAACAAGUGUUAAUUUACAAUGGCGGAUAGCGUAGGAGAGGUUGCUAAUGGUGAAAUUGGGUUAGGUGUUGGUAGUCAGGGAAAUGGAGCUCCGUUGUUACCUAGUUUGGGUAAUUCUCUGCCGGGCCACUCGACGAGUGGAGCUAACCUGGCCUCACCACCACCUGCAGCGGCCGCAGAGACUGGCCUAGCUGUCAUGUCCCCUGGAGCCACAACCACCUCAACCGUGGUGACUGGGAGCGGGUUUGGAGGUGCAGGUGUUCUUAGCGCUGUAGUGGGCUCUGCCAUUCCAAUACCCCUCUACUCGGCCACCAAUGCUCUGCCAGGCAGUAUCGGUUUGGGGGUGGCCGGAGCAGGCCUCUUGUCCCAAAUUCAUGCAACGUCCUGGGACCCAACACUAAGUACCGACUGGGACAACGAGAAGACGUCCCAGCAAUGCAUUCUCCGAAUCAAAAGGGAUAUAAUGUCCAUCUAUAAGGAGCCUCCCCCGGGUAUGUUUGUGGUUCCUGACCCUCACGACAUGACUAAGAUCCAUGCCCUCAUCACAGGACCCUUUGACACGCCCUACGAGGGAGGCUUCUUCCUCUUCCUGUUCCGCUGCCCCCCGGACUACCCCAUCCACCCCCCACGGGUCAAGCUCAUCACCACCGGCCAAAACACUGUGCGCUUCAACCCCAACUUUUACCGUAACGGCAAAGUAUGCCUCAGCAUCCUCGGGACUUGGACAGGGCCAGCAUGGAGCCCAGCCCAAAGCAUCUCCUCCGUUCUGAUCUCCAUCCAGUCCCUGAUGACUGAGAACCCCUACCACAACGAGCCAGGCUUUGAACAGGAGAGACACCCUGGGGACAGCAAGAACUACAAUGAGUGCAUCCGCCAUGAGACCAUGCGCGUGGCUGUAUGUGACAUGCUGGAUGGGAAGGUGCCCUGUCCAGAAGCCUUGUGGAGUGUGAUGGAGAAAUCAUUCCUGGAGUACUAUGACUUCUACGAGGGGGUCUGCAAAGAGAGACUACACCAACAGGGACAGAACAUGCAGGACCCUUUUGGGGAGAAGAGGGGUCGCUUCGACUACCAGGGCCUACUGGCACGCCUGAGCACCACCCAGAGGCGCAUUCGGGAGAAGUGCCCACCGGAGGACAACGAUGACCACUCAGACUCUGACACCAGCUCCUCAGGCACGGACCCAGAUAGCCAGGGCAGCUCCCAGCCUUAGUCACCAGAUGGCGCCACACUACCUUUCUUUUUCAGUCUCCCCCUUUCUGUUUUUGCAAGAUGGUUUUGGCUCAAGUGAGAUGUUGAGGGUAAAGGCCUGAUUUCAGGAAGCACUUGUGAUACAAAGGCAGGGGAUAGCUUAAUGUCUGUUUUGAUUGGUUCUUUUUCCUUCCCCCCCCCCCGCCCCCAAUGACUGCCUUUUAAUUUGUUUCCCCCAGCUGUUGUAAGUUAACAAUGCCAGUCUACACUUAGAUGGUGUUGGGAGUUUGGCUUGUAGAAAUGGACACUGUUUCUUUGAAAGCAAUUUGUCAUAGAUUCUGCCUUUUUGUCUUUGUUUUCCCAUGCCCGAUUGGAUUAGGAAGAAGCGGUGAUAUCUGAGAUUGACCAUUCUCAAUAUUCAGUCUGUACAACCACAUCAGUCGUCUUAAUCAAAUCACCAAACUUCUAUUCAUUCAUACAUUGGUACACACACCUCAGACUAUCCACUUCUAAAGUCCCAUUGUCUCAUGUUCUUUCCUUAAUCUGAAUAGUACUUAAUAAAAUUAUGAACCAAGUCAUAAUUACAUUAUGAAUUCAUAAUGAAUUGCAUAAGUAAAAAUAAAAAACACCUCCAGUAAUGCCUAGUACAAAAUAUGUACAGUUGCGGCCACAUAUAUUGGCACCUUUGCACUUUACAGUGGAACAGAUUGUAAUAUUUAUUAUUUUCAAAACUGGUUGGAUAGCUAUUUUUACCCUGUUGGCACUUGCAACUUAUGACAAGUGAGGAUAAAUUACACAAUCACUUGCCUCUAACCAAAUUGUUUUGAAUUUUCAAUAAUGCAGUCCAGGCCAUAUUUUGACUUUAAAAAAAAUCUAUUUCAGUUUCAUAACAUUUCUCGGUCCUUUGCAGAUACAAUUACGUGUGAAGUUUUUUCUCUACUUAUUUGUGAAGAAAUAGUGAAUCGUUCGAGGGUGCCAAUAUAUCUAAUAUAUAUAUAUAUAUAUAUAUAUAUAUAUAUAUAUAUAUAUAUAUAUAUAUAUAUAUAUAUAUAUGCACAGCGAGAGAGUUUAUUGUGGUCUAUGGGGAGUUUCUUCAAAUAAUUUUCCAUUGACUGACUGCUAAAGCCUGCAUGGAAAGUUAUUUGUAAAAAAAAAAAAAAUCUCUGCAUGAAAACAAAUCUCAAUGUUUGUUCAUGAUUAUCAUUGAUCUGUAUGUAAGUGUUGUGGAUUUCACCUUCAAGAGAUGUUUUUCUUCUGAUGCUAAAAUGCUGGUAGAGUAAUAGGGAUCCUAAUAUCUCCAUUUAAGCUAAAUGGUGGAGUCUAUGGACAUUAGGUUUGGGGUCACUACAAAAAGUUUAGAAAGAUGGAUUUGUCAUUUGACCUGUCCCAUUUAACCAAUGCCACGUUUUCCAUUGCAUUUUUCAUUGAAGGCAGUGGACUGGUGCCUCUUCAACUCUAUAUAGCGGAGUCAGCCGGUACCAAACAGGCACAGACCUGUUUGUUAGAUCUCCACGGUGUCACCUUUUCAGUCAUCUGAAAGCCACCACCAGGAUUUUCAAACGAGCCACGGGAAAUGUUUUAUGAUGGUAACAUAAAUACCAGACACCUGCUUCGAUGCCGUGACAACUUUCAUUCAUUGAGAGUUUUCGCCUGCGAUGGGUUUCUGUAGAUUGAUUUGUAUAACGAUUUUUAUGUUGGUCUGGCCGUUUUUAAGCGCUAAAUGUUCUACGUUGGCUUACAUAUAUGGUGUCAGAAGUGCGUUCCACAGGUUGAAACAGUCUUAAGAUACAAGUUCAAUAUAAACCUAACCUGGCAGUAACACUGACAACACAAACUUUAAAUGGACUUCAAGUGAUCGAGGAUUUUUUUUUGUAUGAGAAACCGUAUGACCUGUUCUAAACAGUGGUCUUGUCUGCGGUAAAUGGUCAAUCUUAUUCUUUCAUAUUGAUGUGAAGUUCUUAUUCUCGCUUUGAAAGACGUUAAGCCUUAUCAAGACUUCUUCCCGAGCCACAAUUAUUUUCAGUCUCUGAAUUGUCCCCCUUCAAAGUGUCACAAAACAUUGCAUAUCAGCCUGGGCAGCUCACCAAUAACCUCUAGUGAGGCCUCAGCGGCUGUUCAGCGGAUAGGGGGCUAAACACCUCUACCGUGUCACUUGGUUUGUAGUCCUGUCUAGCAAGAUGCAACAAAUAAUUAUACUGUCUUCAGUCUUUAUUGCAUUUUGGAACUACCCACUCAGGAUACAACAAAACCUCUUGCUUUGUAAUUGCCUGUCUGGACCACAAUCUACUGUCUAAUUAAGGAGGCCAGCUCCAAUGCAGAGUGGCACCCAAACAGGACUGGACCACACCCUUUUCCUUCUCAUGGACAUGUUUUUCUAUUCCCUCCCAUCUGGGUGCAUUUCUGCUUACUUCUCUUAGUUGACAGGGACUGGGACUUCCUCUCACAGGAAAAAAUGUUGGAUUUAAUAGAUCUACUGUUUGAGAGUACUGCUAACUUUGUUUGCAAAGUUUGAAAAAAAAAAUGUUUAAAAUGUAUGACUCUACUGCAAAUGAAAAUAUUAAAGCAAAGAUACUACUGGCCAGCUCCACUGCAAAGGAUUAGGUGUGAGAUGCUCCAUGUAGCGACCAGUCAGUUUGAAACCUUGUUAUGGUUUGGUGUGUAUAUUCCUGUAGCAUUCUGAUGUGACUCGUCUAGUGUGUCCCUUGUCUGAUGGUUUAUUUUGGGUUUGUGCCCCCAACCCAGAGAUUCAAACUGAAUCGCUUUUAUUAAGGCAUCUUCAAUCCAUAAUGAUAUGGAUUUCCAUGUAGCUGUUUUCAGGAAGUGACUUAUGUAAAGCAUAGAAACUUCUAGAAUAAAUGUUGGCAAUGACAUAGUAAAAGUAUAUAAUAAUUACAAAUGGGGAUACCUUAUCUGUCAGCCAUCUCAAUGAGAUAAGUAACAUUUGUAUUGAGUCCCAUUGCGUUAGAUGUCUCGUAUGUCCGACCUUCAAUCUAUGUAAUUUCUUAUGAGAUGAGUGUGACACUAUAAUAUACUGCACCUUUUCCCCAAGAUUGAAUUUAGGACUUGGGAUGGUGUAGAGUAGACCACAUUGCUUCUUAGAUGGCUACCAGCAAUGUACAGGGCUGCUAAACCUAGCUGCCACAGAGCUGCUGCUCUACGACAGGGUUUCCCCGAACUCUGUCUCGCCCCCCCCCCCCACCCCCUUGUGGUGCACAUUUUUGUUUUUGCCCCAGCACUACACAGCUGAUUCAAAUAACCAACUCAUCAUCAAGCUUUGAUUAUUUGAAUCAGCUGUGUAUUGCUAUGGCAAAAAACUAAACGUGCACCCAAGGGGUGGCCCCCAGGACGGAGUCUGGGAAAUCCUGCUCUACAGUACAUUCCCACAGGGGCGUUCAACACUCUAAUGGCCAUUCAUUCUGUAUCAGUCAAUGGUAAGUGAAUGGUUUACAUUUUUGAGUUGACAAGAUGUGGGACCCAUUUUAGGCCUUGACUCAACGUUCCAGGCCAAGGCAUUAGUCCCAAAACUUUGACUGCCACGUUUAUGCAAGACUAUUUUCAUCUGAUUUAAUUUCUGUUUUCAUUAUAUUGUAUAUGUAAAAAAAAAAAAUACUAAUAAAAUAUACAAAUGGC